AACACAUAAUGAAAUGAGAUCUGUUUGCAAGUGAUUUGAUUACCCAAGAAGAUUUUCACAAUGUUUACUAGUACAUCGAUCAACAAAAUAUACAAGACAAUUGUUUUAAUUUCAUCAAAACGACAUCUAAAAACAAAUUACACAACUUUACUUUCAAACAGAUUGCAUUUUUCUUCCGAUAGUAGCUCAUCGAAUAAGGAUUUUUAUGAUGUUGUUAUUGCUGGCGGGGGUAUGGUUGGCUGUUCGAUGGCGUGCAAGCUCGUCAAUGACCCAGGUUUUCAUGAUAUGUCCAUACUUCUAUUGGAAGGGGGUCCUGGUAAAACCAUACAAAAACCAAGCAAAGGUGAAAAAAAAACUGGUAGGACGUAUAGUAAUAGAGUGUCGGCAUUGAGUAAAUCGAGUGUAAAGUUAUUGCAGUCAGUUGGUGCUUGGGAAAUAAUUGAAAAUUUGUAUGGUUAUUGUGAAGUCAAAGAAAUGAGGAUAUGGAAUUCAAGUAUAGAGAAAAGUGAUAAAAAUAACAUAUUAACAUUUGGUAAUGAUGAUAAUUUAGCAUAUAUGGUUGAAAAUGAUGCUAUUCUCGAAGCAUUACAUAGUAAAAUACUCAACAACCCAAACAUAACGGUUCAAUAUGAUUCCAAAGUCGAUCAAUGUUAUUUACCAAAACAAGAUACGGAUUUAGCAGUUGUUAAAAUAGCUAACAGAGAAAAAACUUAUAACACUAGUUUGCUGAUUGGGUCAGACGGUUUUCAUUCAAAAGUGCGGUCAUCAAUUAACGGCCAACAGUAUUUGAGUUGGGAAUAUGGUCAACGUGCAGUCGUGGCUAAUGUGCAACUACAGAACACAAAUUCUGAUUCUAACGACAGAAAUGUAGCUUGGCAAAAGUUCGCUACACUUGGUCCCAUUGCUUUGUUGCCACUAGACAAUCAAACGUGUUCAAUUGCGUGGACUACGAGCAAUGAAGAGGCACAGCGUUUAGUACAAUGUACUGAAGACGAAUUUAUCAAAACUUUAAAUAGUGCUUUAUCGGACGAAGAAUCAAACAGUACUGGUUCAAACUUAGCCGAUGAUAUUAACGGAAAUAUAUCUACUGCGAUUAAUAUGUGUUUACUAUCUAGUGGUUUAAAUAAUGAACAAAAUAAAACAAGUUUAGUGAGCCCAACAGUUGUAGGAGUUACAAAAAAUAGCAGAGCUUCAUUUCCUCUUGGAUUUGGACACGCUUGCCGUUAUGUUGGUCAACGCGUCGCUAUUGUUGGUGAUGCUGCACACAGAAUACACCCUUUAGCUGGACAGGGCGUAAAUUUAGGUUUCAGUGAUGUUAUUGAACUCAGCAGCCAACUUAAAAAAUCAUUGUUGACAGGCGCUGAUAUUGGAGACAUACAUGCGCUAUUGAACUAUGAAAGUAACGCUCAAGCCAGCAAUAUUCCGAUUAUGCUCGGAAUAGAUAUGAUACAGAAAACAUAUGGUAGUAAUAACCAGUUCAUACCAUCUGCUCUUUUAAAAUUUGGCCGUAACUUGGGCUUGACAGUUUGCCAGUCAGCUACCAUUUUAAAGGCAAUUUUAAGCCAUAAAGCUUCUGGACUUCCAGCAUAAUGGAAUACAUGAAAACCAUACAUUUUGAUUAAAAUUAAUUUUGUUAUAUUUUUGUAUAUAAUAUUUUAAUUAAAAAAAAUUAAUUUAAAAAAUAAUUAU